GACAGCAGGAUGCCAAGGGGAGCACUCCGACACACGGCGUCCGUUUUACCGUCCCCCGGCGUCGUCUCUCGGCCACAGAAACUCUGAUGGGCGUUUUUAUCUUCCUUUUACCGUCCUCGACGCUUGGAUAUUUUCGGAAGCCACGAAAUGAAGCGAAUGAAUGUGAGCAACAAGAAGUGUCCUGUUGUUGUGCCUGUCUCCAGCAUCACUAGUAGUCAAGUCCUCUCUGUGGAUGCGGUGCCUCUGUGAUUUUUUCCCUAGUUGUCUUGUUUUCAGAGGAUUUUUGUAUGUAGUGUUCAGUAGCGGACUACCAAACUUUUCCCCGCUUCUUUUUGUUGUGUCUUUUUCGAGGUUUUCCGCCUUUGAAACAAAGAUUUCAGGAUAGACCAACUCCGGAAAACCCAGCGACUUGACAUCUGCUCCCGGCGGAAUAACCAUUGUUAGCGGUUAUUCGCCCUUUGUACAAGCAUCUUCUCUGGGCCACGCUGGAAGUCGCCCCCCAUGUGGCCGUCGGGAGUGGGGAGCAGGCAGCCCUGCCCGCGGGAGUCGGCGCUGCGCAAGGCGGCCAUCAGCGGCAACAUCAACGCCCUGCCGCACCACGUCCCCACCGGCCGCAGCGUCCGGGUCUUCAUCUGUGCCAACCCCGACGACACAGAGGCGGAGAGGAACGCACUGAAAGAGCACGUCUACCCCAAACUACGAGACUUCUGCAGGGAGAACUAUGGGAUUGAAUUCCAGGUGGUGGACCUGUACUGGGGCGUGGAUCCAGAGGAGUGGGACAGUCCAGAGCUACAGCGACUCCGAAUGAAGCUCCUGGAGGAAUGUCUAAAGACCUCAGCGGGACCGUGUUUUGUCGGUCUGGUGGGUGAAAAGUACGGCAGCAUCCGAGUGCCGGGGGAGGUGGAGUCAGCGGAGUUUGAGAUGAUCUUGGAUGCAGCUGUGGAGGCGGGGCUGGACACACACAUCUUGGAAGAGUGGUACUGCAGGGAUGAAAACUCUGUGCCACCCGCAUACUACCUCAAACCCAAAGCCCAAAUGCUCAAGAACUACCAGAACUCUAUGGAGUCCAGCAGCGCUGCCAAGACCAAGAAUGACAAGGCCUGGAGGAAUGUGUCGGAGGAGAUCAAGAGGAUCUUCCGAACGGCGGUGCUGCAGCUUCAGGAGAAGGGGACCAUGAAGAGCGCUCAGGCCAAGAAAUUCCUUUGCUCUGCCUUGGAGGAUGAAUUGGACUUCGCCCUUGGGAAACAAACUCCUGCCUUUCUCAGGAAAUGUGUCUGUUACAUUCGCAAGAUCUCCAACUUCGACCGCUUCGCCAAAAUCCCCGAGAUGACCCGAUACAUGGACAUCGUGGUGAGCGGCGACCGCAUCAUGCGCAACCAGGAAGCCUACGAGCGCCUUCUGAAGGUGCGGGACGAAUUCAUCCCCACAGUUGUUGCUGCCUCCAACCUCCGUGUCUACUCUUCGGUCACGCACUGCGACAUGAAGCUCGGCUACUCCCAGGAAGUGGAGAGCCACUACGUAGAGGGUCUGUGUAAACAGUUCUACGAGGACAUGGUGGAUAUCAUCCAAGCCACGGUCCAGCAGAACUUUGACACAGAGACGGACCCGCUGUACGACGAGAUCCUGCAGCACCUGUCCCUCUGUAAAAGCUACGCGGCGCUCUACGAGUUCAAAGCCGAGUCAUUGGAUUACGUACAAGAGUACCUUAUGCCGUCUAAGGGGAGCAGAAUGAGCCCCAUGGUGGUGUACGGAGGACCGUGCACUGGGAAGACGCUGCUGCUGUCUGAGGUGGCCAAACAGGCCUACACGUGGCUGCAGAAAGAGAUGGGCCCUGAAACCGAUCCAGUGGUCAUCGUCCGUUUCAUCGGCUCCAGCCAGCUCUCCACAGACCUACGCAGCCUCCUCCAGAGCAUUUGUGAACAGAUUGCAAUAAACUACCGCUGCCUGAUUCACUUUUUGCCUAACAAGAUCCAGGAGAUGAGGGAGCUCCUGAUCAACCUUCUAGGGGAAUCUUCAUUCCACAGACCCUUGGUCAUCGUCCUGGACGCCCUGGAGCAGCUCGCAGAUGGCGACGAAGUUCGCAAGCUGUGGUGGCUCCCCGUACAUCUGCCUCGGACAGUCCGCAUUGUAGUCUCAACAUUGCCCAAUAAACAUGGCAUCCUGCAAAAGCUCCGACAACUCAUCCACGAUGAGGGGUAUUAUGUGGAACUAUGCCAGAGGGACCGCAAGGUCUGCAGCCAAACAUUAAAACAGCAGCUGCUGGGGGUGAAGAGAAAGGUCACUUCAGGCCAGCAGAUCUAUGUCAAUGAGGCGCUUGCCAAGUGUACAUUGCCAAUGUUUGUCAACCUCAUCUACAGAGAAGUAGUUCAUUGGAGGUCUCACAAAGAUGUGGACGACAGGUCCCUGUGCUCCACAGUGCAUGAGAGCAUAGAACAGCUCUUCUACUCGGUGGAGAACAAGCUGGGCCAACGGUUUGUCUUUAGAGCAUUAGGGUACAUCACCAUGGCCAAGGCUGGGCUAACUGAGGUGGAGCUGGAAGAUAUUCUGUCCCUUGAUAAUAUCGUUCUUGGGGAUGUCAUUGUGGCAACAUAUCUCAAAAACCCCUUGAGAAUCUCUUAUGAUUUGGUUGCAAGGCUCAAAGAGGAGCUGGACGGUUAUCUGGUGGAACGACAGGUACGUAACGUCACCUUGAUGGUUUGGGCCAACAGACACCUGCAUCUCAUUGCCCAGAAGCUGUAUCUUAGCAACGAGGAGGAUGUCCAUCAAAUGCACAGCCUCCUAGCAGAGUACUUCCUGGGGGCAUGGUCAGGAGGCAGAAAGAAGAUCUUCACUUAUGAUAACAACCAUUUCACUUCCCUGAAUAUAUCUCAUCACAAAAACCCCCACCAUCAGCAGGCCCAUGAAAAAGCAUCCUCUGACAAGUACUCUUAUGACAGACAGACUCCAGAGCAGCCUUGGGUGUUCCAGUGUAAUCUUUUGGAACCUGACAUCUUCUUUGUCAACCAUAGGAAGAUGACAGAGCUGGUGUACCACCUAACCAGGAGUGGGCGCACUGAUGACCUCAUGUUUGGCGUCAUCAUGAACUUCAGCUGGCUGUACACAAUGAUCAAGAUUGGCCAGUUUGAAAAGGCUUUAACAGACAUUGACCUAGCUUACAGCUACACCCAAGAAAAAGAGUUGAAGUUCCUGGCCACCACUCUCCGUAGCAUCAAGGUAAAAGUGCUGAAGAACCCAGCAUCGCUGUCUGCAGAACUGCAACAAAGGCUUCUGCCUGUUGUGACCUCCCUCCCCAAGCUCAGACACCUCCUCCUGGAGUGUGACAAAGAUGGCCCGAAGUACUGCUCCAUUGUGCCUCUCCACUCCUCUAUGGACGUCACCUACAGUCCAGAGAGGCUUCCUCUGUGCUCAAGCUACAUGCAGAUUGUGGAGAUCUUGCCCACUCUUGCCCCAAACAUAGUCCUUGUAGCCCUUGAAGAUGGGUCUGUCAGCACCUGGGAUGUUGAGAGCAGACAACUUCUAAGACAGAUUGACACGGCCAGAUCUGUUGUGCUGGGAAUAAGACUAACCACUGAUGAAAAGUAUCUGGUCGUGGCCACAACCAAAAACACGCUGCUCAUCUAUGAUAAUCACAAGUCCUGCCUUUUAUCCGAGGUUGAAAUCAAGGGGUCCAAGCAUGGUGGUGUCGCUGGUGGGGUGGCCUUCAUCAAUGGUUUUACGCUGUCCACCCAUCAUGCUUUGGCCUGGCUUGAGGCGAGUAAAGACGUCAACGUCAUUGACCUACUCUACGGUUGGCCUCUCUACCAGUUCCAUUGCUGGUAUGAGGUGACUUGUGUCCAGUGCUCUCCAGAUGGAAUGUAUGCCUUCUGUGGCCAGUACCUCAACACUGCAUCCAUCUUCCAUCUGGGAAAUGGGGACAAGUUGGCCACUGUGACGUCAGAGUUUUCUGGGGGAUUCGUCAAGUCCAUUCUUGUUCUGGACACCCUUAACCAAAUGGUGAUGGUUGACAAUGAAGGCAGUUUGUCAGUAUGGAACACCAAAGAGAUCACCAACCCACGUCUGAUGGAGGAUUACGAUUGUAGAGGGGACGACAGUGAAGUGGUGGGCAUUGAGUUAUCCGAAGACCAACGCUCCAUUCUCAUUUGCAAAGCCAGAAGUAUCGAGGUCCUGGACACGAAAGUAUGGAAAAUGGUGGAGAAGUUUAAGGCAAAACGCACUGAACGCUUUGUCGCUGCUGUUCUCUCCAAGAACGGACAAAGCAUUGUUGCCUCCAUGGAAAACACCUCCUCCAUCUUUGUUUGGAGAAGGGACAGUGGACAGUGCAUGGCCAGCCUCAUUGAGAUCUCAGGGGCUAUCGUCAAACUCAUCAAAUCCGCCCACCACAACCUGCUCCUUUCUGUUGCCAGCAGUGGAGUGCUAUCUGUUUGGGACAUUGACAUAAUCACUGCAAUGUCCAAUAUCGACAAAACAGGCAAGAAGAUCCAGACCUUGCAGCUGUCUGGCAGAGAGGAUUAUGUGUUUACCAUGGACGGUUCAGAAGCUGUCCACAAGUGGAACUUCAGCACUGGUUUUAUCGAGACAGUCUUUAAGCACGAGGGCAUAGUGGAGAACUGUGUCCUAACCUCCUCAGGGGAUCUCAUGGUGACUUCAGACGACAAGUCCAGUCAGUACAUCUGGCAAACCAACACCGGAGAAAACAUCUUCCGCAUCAAUGGACAGAGAAUAUCACAGCUGCUAAUCACCCACAAUGACCAGUUCGUGGUGUCCCUCUGUGAGCAGAACGCCUCCAGAGUCUGGAGGCUCGGGACUGGGCACAAAGUGUGCAACAUCUUAGUCACCCUCCAGAACGCACUCAUCACUACAGCAAACACUUUUCUUGUGGGAACCUCCAAAAACAAGCUCCUUGCCGUCAGCCUGUGGUCGGGCAGCGUAUCCAAGAAGUUUGUCUGUGAUGAUGGCAUUACCAUCGUCAACUUCAAGCUCAUUCCUGACUGUCCCGACUGCGUGGUGUUCAUCACAUCCACAGAGACCGUCUUCAUCUGGAGUGUGGCAGACGAGUCCGUUUGUAGGCGAGUCCAGCUGCCAACCAAUUUCCUUAAAAAUCUAGAGGACUUCCAGAUCUCGCCCAAUGGAAAACUGGGAAUAGUCUCCAAGGGUGAUGAAAAUAUUAACGUCCUCGAUCUUCACAGUGGGAAGUUGAGGCUUGUCCACGCCGCCGGUAUUAUUUGGCGUCAGAAAUUAUCAAGAGAUGGACGUUAUCUGGUGUACGUCUGUUUCCGGAACUGUGAUGAAGACGACGAUGCCGGCGUUGUGUCCAAUCUGAUCGUGAUGCGCCUCGCUGAUGGCAAGAGCAUUGGCACAUGCUCCCUCUACAAGACGCCCACCUUCCUGUCUCUCUCCCAGCGAGCACUAAACAUCAUCAUUGGCUUCGAGGAUGGCAGCAUCGGCACAUACACAGUCGUCGAUCGUGUGGACGCUGCCCUCAAGAUAAAGAUAGCCACCUCCAACAGCCGACAGAUUGUCAACAAUGCCUCGCAGAAGGUGCGGCCCAAAUGCGGCAAUCAUUCCUUUAAGACCGUUGCCGACUGCAUUUGGAGGGAGUCAACUGAGGUCUUCUCCAGGGACAGCCCUAUAAACGUGUCUGACUCCGGUGAAGGUGAGUCGACCACGCCUACAAAAAAGACUGAACUGCUGCAGUGAUAGGUGGAGACCAGAGGAGUGGGUGGAGGUAGGACAGGCAGGCGGAGCUAGGUGAUGAAGUUUAGAAUCUCUGGGGUUGCAGUUGAUUCUUGUUUACAGCCACGUGAUUCAGCUGCAGAUGUCAGCCCUCUGGGUAGUUAAUGGGCCGACCGUUUUAACGCUGCACUUAAAUUAUGUAUUACUUACUUCCAACUUAUGAUACAGUGUCUCUUUGUUUUACACACAAGACUGUUAGAAAAAACUAUGUUUUUGAAAAGAAGAAAAAUGUAAAAUUCUGUGAGAUAUUAGUUUGCCAUUAUGUGUCCUUUUGCAUUUGAAGAACAAAGUUAUUAUUCAAAUGUCUUGGUCAAACAUUUCCAAAGCCAUUCCAGUGAUCUUAGCCACUUUCAUUGUACACUAUCUUUAUUCAACCCAAUCGCCAGAAAAAAAAAGUUGGCAUCGUACAUUUCUGCAAACCACAGAUAUGUCACAUUUGUACAUACAUAUGUAGUUGAGAAGUUGAAACGUUAUGUUUCACCAAGCUGUGGUUAACAUGUAGUUAGGUUUAGGCACAAAAAUGACUUGGUUAUGGUUAGGGAAAGAUCAAGUUUUGCCUUAAAAUACCUGUUUUUUGGGGCACAAUCCUGACUUGAAAGGCAGUGAUGUCUUGGUAGAAAACAACUGGUUUUUGUGGCACUAUACCCGCUGGAAAAACAGCAAUUAUUCAAUAAAAACACCCACGUUUUGGGGCUUGGGAAAAAAAAAAAAAAAAAGCCACAGAUUUCUAAAAAAAGAAAAAACAAAGGUUGGGGGCUAUGUUUCAACAAUGCUGUGGUUCAUAUGUGGUUAGAUUUAGUCAAAGUAACCACUUGGUUAUGGUUAAGAAAAGAUUUGGCUUAAAAUAGUCUCUUCUUGUGGCACUAUCCCCGCUGGAAAUGCAGCGAUGGGUUGCUGAAAAACACCCACAUUUGGUGCCCAAAACCCGCUGAAAAUAUAGAAAUAACUCGCUAAGAAAUAAGUACUUUUGUUGAUUGAUUGUCCUGAACAGCUGUCUGCAGCUUGGCAGGUUUAUACUUCUUGUGGCACUAUCCUGGCUGGAAAUGUAGCAAUGUCUUGGUAGAAAAACAGAUGCUUUUCAUGGCACAAUCUAAAAAAAACAGCGACAAAUUUCUAAAAUACAACGCCCACAUUUUGUGCCACAAAGCUGCUGGAAACACAGCGAUGACUUGCUAAAAAAAAAAAGUAACUGCUUUUGUUGACUGUUGGUCCCUAACAGUGGUCUGCAGCGUGGCAGGCUUAUACUUGCUUUUUGUGGCACUAGCCCCGGUGGAAAAACAGCGACAAGUCACUUAAAAAGAGACCCACAUUUGGUGCCUAAAAAGCUGCUUGAAAACAGCAAUUAGUUUCUAAAAAGCAACUGGUUUUGCUGUUCGUUGGUCUCGAACAGUGGUCUGUAGCUUGGCAGGCUUACAUAUGCUUCUUGUGGCACUAUCCCAGCUGGAAACGCAGCAAUGUCUUGAUAAAAAACAAUCGCCUUUCUUGGCCCCAUCCCUAGUGGAAAAGCAGCAACAGGUUGCUUUAAAACACCCACAUUUGGUGCCUAAAAAACUGCUGACAAAAACAGCAAUGACUUGCUAAAAACAACUGGUUUUGCCGUUUGCUGUUGUCAAACAGUGGUCUGCAUCUCACCGAGGCGACACACCAUCCACCAUUCCCUCCACCUCCCAGUGACAAACUCAGCUUAGUCACCACAUCACUUUAGAGACGUUGAUAUGUAUAAAACAUGGAAAUGUAACAAUAUUCUUGGUUAGCAGAGACAUACAAUGCCAAUAUUUCCUUCUGGCGACUGGGCUGCUUUAUUUUCAUUGUGCACAUUAAGCCAUACAAGUAGAUUUAUGUUUGUAUCAACAUCAGUCGGUACUGUACAAAAAAAAGGAAGAACUAUGAACAUAUGUACAUAUCCCUUUUUGGCUGCUGCAAUUUGUGCAACUCCUUAAAAAUGUUAUGUUGUGCUUAAUGCAAUCAAAGUGAGUGCCUGGAAUUUAAAAUGUUCUUUAUGUGCAGAUUACAAGAUUUAUGAAAAUGCAGGGAAUUUGUAAACACAGUAUACACACAGUUACAUAAUACUUGCAUUGAUGUUAAAUCUAAAGGAUCAGCGUGCUGAAAUCAAGUCAACAACACGAGAGAUCGACGGCAUUGCUCUUUGUAAUGAUAGCUGUAGAAAUUUCUCGGAACAGUUUACGUAAAUUUGGUGUGAAUUUACCGGCAGUUCCAUCAGUGUGUGUGCCGUUUGUUUUAAGGGAAACACCACUAUUGAGCAUACAGUGUAGCAUAGCACCAUACACAUUCACGCCUUAACCAGUGUACUUGCUUUAGGUUUAGUGGAGUUUGUUCAAAUGUUCCAGUAGAAAAGGACAGAGUGAUUAGCCCAAUGUUUCACUGAAACAACCCGGCCAUGUGAAUAUACUUAGAGGUUUAGACAGUAGGUGGAUGCACUUUAUGAGUGGUUUGUGAGAAAUUAUUUAUUCAUAUGAAAAUGUGUAGAUUGUUUAACGUGUUCUAGAGUUGUCUUAAAAUAGGUUUUGGAUUUGCCUACAAAAAUACACAAGGCCAUCCAGGUACUUGCAGGCUACAGCUAACUCACUUGAAAUGCUACAGUCUCUUGAUAGAUGCCUGGCAUCAGUAAAAAAAAAACAAAAAAAAAAAAACAAUUAAGAUGCCGUUAGCUUAACAACUUCUAGCAGUCAGGAAAUUGGAAAUUUAUGGGAUCAAAUAAGGGUCAAUAAGAUUUUGAGCUUGUGAAAUGAUGUUUAGAGUAAUAUGAAAACAUUUGGUUGCAUAUCUGCUUUUGUUAACCUGUGAAAAAAAACUGCAUGGAAAAUUCAAGAUUGUGAUUGUGUAGGGGAAAAUGUAGUUGUAGAAAAAAAAUUGAGACUGUCAACAUCAAAUAAAUAAAUGUAUAGUAAGAUUUAAAAACACAAAAUUCUAAAAUUGUAUCAACUGUGAGGUUACCCAGAAAAAAACUGCUUUUGUGAGAACAAAUUCAAAACAGAAAACAUUUCAAAGAAUACUUCUCCAAAUGGUCAUUUAGAUAUCAGUUACUCGCCUUGUGUUACGUUGAAUUCAUAAGGAAAACUGUUUUUCUCGCAUGCCUCUAUGGUGACCGAAGAAUCCAAAAAUGGAGAAAAUUCUUGUUGAACUGAAGUCAUUGGGGGCUGCGUUUAUAGUAGAACUGUAUCAAAACAUCCAUUUACAAACUCACGCAAUUCAUUCAGUAUAAUCCAAGUGUCAGUUAUCCAGUCACAAAAACAGAAUUUUACCUCACUGAACGCAGGAGCUGCCUCAGUCUGUAGUUUGUGUAUGACGUUGGUGAGUCCGAACUAACCCUUUAAAACACCAGAGUUACAAAAUAAUACCAACUAAUUAACCGAUCGAGGCAGCAGUAGACCAAAAGCUCCCGUGUUUUGGGAAGUAAAAAUUACUUGGGAUUGAAGAGAGCAUAGAUAACUCUCACUUAUAUUUCAGUUCCCCGUCAGACAGGGCUGUCUGUUCAGGAAGUACUGAGCAUACGACUGGAGAAAUGAGACUUGGAUUGGAGUGCAUGAGUCCAAGGUAUGGUUCGCUUCAAGUCCGCAGUGUGGUUCGCUUCAGCUGUGCAUUCUGAACACUGAGGGUGCUUUCUAGGGAUGUCCCGAUCCGAUCCUCAGAUCCAAUCACGUUAUUUUUACAAAAUCGGAAUUGGUAAUAAAAGAUCGGAGGAAUCAAAACAACAAAAAUGGCCAGGUUUUCAUCUAUGUUGUUCAUUGUUGCCUCCACUUUCCAGUGUAUAAAGAUAUAGGCCUAAGAAGAUAUUGAAUUUGUUUACAUUUUGUGCUGCUGAACCACCGAUAAGCUUUUUGGAUACUAUUGAAAUAAAAAAGAAACCUUAUGGGACAACUUGGAUGCAGUCUUUUUUUUUUCUUUCCUAAUGCUUUGCAAAGUAUCGGAUCGGACUUGGUAUCAGACUCGGUUUCAAAAUAAAGGACUCGGUAUCGGAUCGAAUGCAAAAAAAAAAAAAGUGAUCGGGACAUCCUUAGUGCUUUCAGACCUAGAGUUGUCUUGGUUUGGUCCGAAUCAGGGACUAGUUUUGUUAUAAAGUUGUAUAAUUGCCUAGAGUUGGUUCAUGUUCUCACGGCAGCAUUUACAAGUGGACCAGAUCAAAUGUCUUGUGUGAGAAAGCUGCUUUUGAUUGGUCAGAAUUUCCGUGUGGGAAAAAUCCAGGAAGUAAACCAAUCAUUGAAGAAGAGUACACUUGCAAGAUAAAUGUGACACUUUCUAAUGUCACAAUGGAGGGACAGCUACGCAGGUUGAUUUUAGCGCUGCUCAUCGUGGACUAUAUUGCUGUCAUUGUUCAUUUUAGUCAAACCAUACAGUUUGAAAACGAGGCGCGGCUCCAACUAGAAACACAUUCUCACUGCAAACAAACCGCACCAGAGUUUGUAACUGGACCAAGACCACGUCUUCAAAAAGGUCUUGGUCCGGUUGUUUCGGUGCUUACCUGAGUGGGAUUGCUGUGUUCCCACCUGCCCAAAUGAACCACACUUUGGGGGCAAACGAACUUGAGUGCGAUUGAACCGAACCAAACAGGGCAGGUGUGAAAACACAUUCAGAGGACUGAGUUUGCUUUGUUUUAAAAGGACUACAUGUGAAAACACGCACCGUUUUGCAGUUUUUAAACCUGGUCGCCUAUGAUUUUGAUUCUUCAAGAAUUUCCUCAGUUUUUGGAUUCUUCAUUCAUCUUUGAAAAAAAACUUCACAAAUUCAGUUCAGUAAUUGAUAUACAAAUGGUCGUUUGGAGGUAGAAGGGUUCCCUUAGGUUACAAAUGUAAAUCUUUUGUUUUUAUGGCGAAAUUCAUGAACAAGAUAUUCAAUUUAAAUCACUUUUUUUCAUAUUUUCUCGUACUUACUGCUUCAAAUCUGUACUGAUAUCACACGAAAGCAGUUCUGUUUUGUCUUUGAGUCACCUCACUGUUGAAACUAUUUUUUGCACAAAUUUAUGUAGACAUGCUGAAAAUAUUUCUACAAAUACAAAUCUUUUCUUACAUAUUCACAGUGUUUGCAAGGGUGGUGAUACACAAUAUAUAUAUUUACAGUAUCUAUUAGCCUUAUGUGAGCCCAUAGAAACCUGGUGACAUCACAGCGGGCUGAAAUCAAAGCUGUUGAGAUCUGGUUUGCUGACAAUCUAAAAGAAGUUAUUUUUGAGUUCAUCUAUGAGGUUGUACCUUGCAGGUACCGCGAUCGCAUGUCUGUAAUAACCUUGCUCCGAUGAGACCAAUCAUCUGCCAGGCAUGAUUGAAAACCACACACUUACACUUUGACAUAUACUUUUUAAGGGCUAUUCCAUCUUAUUGUAUGUUUACUAGGUUUGAACUGUUGAGACAAUGGCCCUUGGAUAAUUUCAAAACCGGGUAGCAGCAUCGAGCUUUAAAGUACUUUAUUUCCCUAAAGAGUUUCUAAAUUGAAAAAAGAAAUAUAUCAUAUGUAAUUGCCAAAGUCCCGAUUAUAGUUUGUGUUUCAUUUUGUCUGAUUUUGUUUUUUGAGGCUUGUACUGUAAUUAUAUUGUUACCAAAUUGUUUCAGUGUUCUACUGUGAUUAUGUUUAUGAUAGAGACAAUGUGCUAUCUUUGCUAAAAAGUUUAAAAAGAGUCCUCUUAUAAUAAAAUAUAUUGGAAUGCCAGUUUAAGAGUAUAUUUGAAUGUGUCCAUAUGGAAGCCAGUAAACGGUAUUAUUGUAUGUUCAGUAACUUGAAUGACUUUUAAUAACUUACAUGUUUGCAACUCAUAGUUGACAUACUGGUAUAAUGAAUGUUUCUAUGGUAUUCUUUGUAUCGUCAGGACUGACUUACCUGUUUAGAGAUUUAUAUUUUCAUAAAUGUUGUACUUAACAUUUUGUUACAGAGUUGUUUAACUGGAAUUCAAACAGAAAAGAAACUUAUGUCUGAAGCAAUAUGAAACUAGUGUGUAUGCAUCGUUUGUAUGGAACAUUUUAAUGUAAUAAAAUGGUUCACUU